AUGCUCAACUGGAAGGCCUUGGGCUCUCCUAAAGCUUUUGUCCCUAUUUGUGGGAUGGUUGUAAUAAUUUCCGCUGCAGUCCUUUUUGCUAUCUUUUACAUAAGGUAAAGCUUGAAAACCAUGAAAAAAGGAGGAAGGCUUUUCAGAAUGAACAGUGGAACUUCCGUUGCUGUGCCUUUUGAAAAAUCUGAAGAAAAUCAACAAGUUUCGGCAGAUAUCAAUGUGGGUUUUUUCUAUCAUAUUUCAAAACGUUUUCCGAAGCUUUUUGUAAGUUUGCAUUUUCGGCUGUUUUACUGAACUCAAUGACUUCAUAAAAUAUGAAAAAGUUGAAUACUGUUCAGGAGAACAAAGAUUCUUCUACCAAGCUCUUGCUAACAACUCGAUCAUCUGUAAUUGCUACUGACGGCUAGUUUACCUUUGAAAAGUUGAUCUGAGGGAUGAUUUUAGGAAAACACGGAUCUGUGAACGAGCCUCUAGGGACACAAGUACCUGCAGAACUCCUCACUACAGCCGCAACAACACACACAACUUCUUCUGUCCCAACCGCUGUCCAACAACCUCCGCCGCAUCCCAUCGAACCAGUUAAACACGAGUGA